UGGGCUGUCAGAGUGUAGCACCACCCACUGUGCUAUGAAACUCACGCAGAGGUGACAGCCACACUCACACACUCUACACACUCAGAGGUGCCACUCAACGCGUGCAUCGAAUCAUCAUCGUUCACCCCACGGAGCUGUGACUUGCCUAACAACGAAUUCCUGUCCUCCAUUCGUAAAGAAAUGGCCGUGAAUUCUCGACUCGGAACAACAACAACAUUACCAAUAUUCCUACUAGCCUUAAUUGGAACGGUGGUCGCUGACAGCGUGCGGGUUGGGAAUGGCUCGGAGUCCGGAGCGCAGCGCCAAGGAAGUACACCACGUGAAUUUAUGGUCGUCACCCCAGAGAAAGUGAACGCCGUAGCAGGCAGCAAGAUUUUCCUGCCCUGCUCCUACACCUGUACAAUCAGCGGCGUUACCCACACGCUGGUGGAGUGGUUCAGGAUGAUAGAUGGACGUGAAGAGAGGCUUUAUCAACACCCCAAUGGAGAUAGACAAUGGCCUUUACACGCCACCUGGAUGGGUGAUGUGUUCAAGUGCGACGCCUCCAUCACCGCGAGUGACAUCAAGACCCACGACUCUGGGCCAUAUCGCUGUGAGGUCACGGUGUAUCCACAAAACAAGCACGACAUUGGGUAUCUACAGCUGAAUGUCAACAGUCCAUCAGAACUCGUGGUUGUGACCCCAGAUAAAAUGGACGCCAUGGCAGGCAGUACAUUAAUCCUGCCCUGCUCCUACACCUGCACAAUCAGCGGCGUUACCACCAAGCUGGUGGAGUGGUUCAGGAUCAUAGACGGACGUGAAGACAGGAUUUAUCAAUUCUCCGAGGGAGAGAACAGACACUGGCCUUUACAGGCCACGUGGGUGGGUGAUGUGUCCAAGUGUGACGCGUCCAUCACCGUCAGUGACAUCCAGACCCACGACUCUGGGCGAUAUCGCUGUGAGGUCUCGGUUUAUUCCCUAACUGUGCAAUACCACAUUGGGUAUCUACAGCUGACUGUCCUCCCACGAACAGACCUGGUCGUUGUCACCCCGGAUGCAAAGGACGCCACAGUAGGCAGCAUGGCUCUCCUGCCCUGCUCUUACACCUGCACCAUCACGGGUAUUAGACACACGCUGGUGGAGUGGUUUAGGACCAUAGGCGGACACGAUGAGAAGGUGUAUAAGAUCAUACACAGAAAGAGGAGCCUCAGGCCGUUGCAGGUGACGUGGAUGGGAAAUGAUUCCACCUGUGACGCCUCCAUCACCAUCAGCAACAUCCAGACCCACGACGCUGGACGAUAUCGCUGUGAGGUCACGAUGUAUCGAUAUGACAAGCCAAGCAUGCAAGACAUCGGUUAUCUGCAGCUAAACGUUCACAAUGAACCAGAAUCGACAAACGCAACACCCACACCAAGUCCAGCUCCAGCUCCAUCAACUGUAGCUGGCAUCGCCCUUGGAGUCAUUGCUGCUCUGGUUGUUGCUGCUGGAGUUAUUUUUUACUGCAGGAGGAGGUUGAGACUAUGUCAUCCAAGAGAACCAGAAGCCCCGCCUCACGAAAUGGAGUCAAUGAACACAGUUGGAUAAGAUGCAGGAGCAAGAUGAGAACCGACAGAUGCAACACCCAAGCCAAGUCCAACUCCAGCUCACCUGUAGUUUGGAUCGUCCUUGGAGAGUCAUUGCUGCUCUGGGUGCUGUUGCUGGAGUUGUUUUUUUUUACUGCUGGAAGAAUAUCUACAAGUUGAUUCCUCAUACUGUGAUUUAACGCCGAUAGGUGAAUUAUAUUCUGUGAAAAAAAGUGUAUUUUUACAUUCAAGUACAGCAAACUCUUCGCUCUCGCGGGUUUAGCUAUCGCGGUUUUGCCGUUUCGUGCCAAGUCUAUUGAGCUACAGAGUUCGCCUAUCUUACCGCUGUGGCUGGACCAUUCGCGGUUGAUCACGAGAUUUCUGUACGCGUCAUAACUAUACUGCUCGCGAUGAUGCUGCUACUGCCGUGGAAGAACACACGCGGUGCCAUCUUAUCUCCGUUUUAUCUCCAUCUUUUCUCUGUCUUGUUUCCAUCUUGUCUCUGUCUUGUUUCCAUCAAAUCUCUUUCAUAUCUUACUCUUAGUUCUUUCGGUAAAGUCACAUAGGUAAAAAAUGAAAUAAAAAUUAAUAAAAAUAAAUCAAUAAAAAUCACGACGUUUCGGAGGCAACACAAGCCUCCGUCUUCAGGUGAAACCGUCACAGCAAAAUAUCUGUACCUUAUAAUGUGGUUACGGGGGGAGGAGCCAGGAAGUGCAGCGGGGGAGGAGGAGUUGUGAAGUGGUCAAUUACUGCUUUUGUUAUACUACUGGGUGGGUAAAUGAAUUAGAUACGAUUAAGCCGCUCACUCUUUCAUAUCUCCCAUCUCUCUGUCUUGUCUCCGCCUUGUUUCCAUCUUGUCUCCGUCUUGUCUCCAUCUUGUCUCCCGUCUCUUCUCUCAAGCGGCCCAUUGCGGGUCCCGGGUCACGUGGUGUUUCCAGCCUCGAGUGAGAAGGCAGUGACGUUCAGCCGCCCGCCAUUUUGUCUUCUAUCGCCCGCCAUUUUGUCUUCUAUCGCCCGCCAUUUUGUAUUCUAUCGCCCGCCAUCUUGUCUUCUAUCGCGCGUUCGUAACUGUGAACCAAACCCCAUUAUCCCCAUUUGCCUUCGAGUUUGGGGGAGGCAAAAUUUCCGAUUGCGGCUUUUUACCAAGAACGUAACCCCGGCGAUGGGCAAGAGUUUGCUGUAUAUACUACAUGCUAAAUCAAUGCACUUGUAUUCUAUUGUUGUAAGGCAUAAUGCACUUUAUAUACAUUUUGUAUGCACUAAUUUAGUAUAUAUUGAAUUUGAUUCGAAGAUUAUAUGUAUUGCUCGCCGAAUUAUUGAUCUCUUCCAUGAUUAUUGCAAUUAGAGGCCAUGUACGAGUAUAUAUUCAAAAUCAUAACGAUUGAGUGUUACACUGGAAAAAAUCUUGAUAAUCCACAUGCCUCAGUAGAUUUUUUUCCGCAAAACCCAACAACGUAGAUUCCAAAGCAAACACAACGAUGCUGAGUUGUUUUGGGGUUAAUGGAAAGAAUGUUCACAUAGAGCCCAUAAACAAGCACGGGCCAUUAUGAUGGCAACAAUUACAACUGACCUCUAUUGGCAGGAAAUGCAGGCAUACCACUUAGAGCAACUCUGUUGACCAAGAACGCAUCUUGAGCGCUAUACGAGGUAUGCCUGUAUACAGCAGUCCCUAAGGUUAACGUUUGCCUCCCAUAGGACCCCAUGGUUUCGACUAAUGUUAACAUUGUGAUUAACGGUACGGUUAUGUUACGCAUGCAAGGCGCCAAUUUAGGACAAUCUGAGUGCUCUUAAGUGGACAGAGCCAUAGCCUCAGCCAAUCAGCGACGUGCAUUGAUGAGCGUUUAGACCUCGACUGGCUUUGUUUACAUUAUCACGUUUGCUGUUUUGGCAGUGGAAACAGCUAUUUUGCAGACGAAGUGAUUUUAACAUUUCAACUGAUAAGUGAAUUCGAUUAACAGUUAUUUUAGGAAACAGAAGUUUUUGUUGAUCGCGACAAAAUGUUAACCAAAGGACUACGUUAUAAUUAUACCAGCUGGGAGGGGGCUAUUACACGUAACCAAUGGAUGAGGUUGUCCAUGCGUGGAUAUGUAAGCGGUGGGUGCUGUUGACCUGUGUGUAACAGUGUGCUGAAAUUAUUUCAUGAAAUGUAAUCAUUCGAAAACUGAAACGAAAUGUAUAAUCACUACCUAAAGACCUGUUUGUACACAAUAUUUUUCAUAUACACUCCAUCUUCUGCACAAAUUGGGUAUUCAGUGAACACGGUGGCAUUUGAAUCUUGACUUAACUCUUGACAACGCCACGUAUGAUUGUCCAUGAGCGAAAAACUGGUUGUGGGAAAUACAAUCCCAAAUGAUCAACCGACUGUCCUUGUGCUUUGUUGAUGAUCGUUGCAAGUGCAACUUGAACAGGGAAGUAACUAGAUUCGUCGGAGCUUGGACGGAGGAGUUGAUUCGUUACCUGAUCAUCGUAAUGCGAGGAAUUAAAACUCUUUUCCCAUGAAGAGAGCCGGUCAUCAUCAUGGCAUCGAUGCAAUUUCUUGUCAAUGGGCAGAUUUGAAAGUCUCGUUCCAUUGCAGAGACCUUGUUCUUCAUCGAUAUUUCGAAUCAAAAUGAUUGGCACUCCAACUUUCAAACGUAGCUUGUGAGGGGGCAUUAGAGUGAGUGUAAACGUGUUCACAAACUCUUGAGGGUAAAGCCACUGCUGGACAUCAUGCACUAAACUACCAACUUGUAUAUAUAGAUGCGUCUGGGUCAUUUGUUCACCUUCCUUGAAUUUGCACUGUUGUAUAUUUUGUGCAGUUAUUUUUUUAUGUUAAAUGACAUUUUUGUAUACAGUUAUGCAAAUUUGUUAAAUUAUGCAAUUUCAUUCAAAUAUGCAAAUGUGGCAAACUUAAUAAAAUAAUGCCACGUGU